AUGAAGUUGAAUCUGCAUAAUCUCAACCAUUGCGAUUGGUUAACGUCUGUUCAUUCAGCCAUCCAAAGUCAACAUCAGAACCAAGUUGGAGCAUCACCUAAGGACAACAAGAAAAAUUAUUUAAAAUUCAAAAUGUCUACAAAAAGAUUGCAAUUUUGUGAAAUAUGUUGGAAUACCUUGUGUCCGGUGUACGAAUACACAUCAAAACUACUACAAGACGAUGAAGCUUUACACUAA